UAAAUAUUGCAUUGGAGUCCGUGCAAACAGUAACUAUAAAGAACUUUAUGAAAAGAACUUUAUGAAACGGAGGUAGUAUAAUUUAGCAUACCCUUCCUUUCAAUCGCACUUUAACUAACAACCUCCCUUGGAUCCUCUUUCUACCCCUAUUGUCCUCUUCCAAACAAGCAAUCAAACUUUCUAACCAAGUUGAAAAAAACAACAUGACUUCUUCAGAGGAAGAUCAUUUUCGCAUAUUUUUCCUCCCUUUCAUGGCUCCUGGCCAUAUGAUCCCAACUAUGGACAUGGCUAGAUUAUUCGCAACUCGAGGAAUCAAAUCCACCAUUGUUACCACCCCUGCUAACACCGCCUUUUUUACUGAAACUAUCCAACUCCAUUCCCCAAACCCUGGCCUCGAAAUCGACCUCCUUACUAUGCAAUUUCCUUAUGAAGCAGCAGGACUCCCAGAAGGGUGUGAGAAUGCAGAUUCUCUCAACUCCCCUGAAAUGUUUUACCGUUUCUUUAAGGCCAUCGACCUUCUUCAACACCCUUUCGAAAACCUCCUCGAAAAAUUUCAACCCGACUGUUUAAUAGCUGAUCAUUUUGUCCAUUGGGCUAACUCCGUUGCUGGUAAGUUUGGUAUUCCAUGUUUAAUAUUCCAUGGAAGUAGUUACUUUUCCCAGUGCAUCACUAACAACUUGCUUCGUUACGAACCGUACAAGAACCUUUCUUCCGAUUCAGAUACUUUUGUUGUUCCUGGUGAUUUUCCUGAUGAGAUUAAGUUUACAAAAUCGGAAUUGUCCCCUUACGACAAAAAAGAAGGGCCGGAAUUCCUGAUCGAACUGAUGGAUAAAGUAGAAGACGCGACCAGAGCUUCUUAUGGGGUGAUAAUGAACAGCUUUUAUGAAUUGGAAUCUGGUUAUGCUGAUUACUAUGAAAAGGUCAUGGGGUUCAAACACUGGCAUAUUGCACCGUUUUCGCUACACUUUGAUGAAGGAGAUAACAUCGAAGCAGAUCAUAGAGGGAAAAAGGCUUCGAUUGAUGUAAAUGAAUGUAAGAGAUGGCUUGAUGAGAAACAAGAUGAUUCAGUUUUAUAUGUUUGCCUAGGGAGUAUGUCGAAUGUAUCAGAUGAUCAACUACAUGAGAUAGCAAUUGCUCUUGAAGCUCUUGGUCAAAACUUUAUCCUAGUUGUGAUUGUGAGGAGGGAGGACACUAAGGAGUGGGUCCCACAAGGGUUCGAGACAAGAGGUUUGAUCAUAAGAGGUUGGGCCCCACAACCGAUGAUUCUUAAUCAUCGUGGUGUGGGCGGGUUUGUGACUCACUGUGGAUGGAACUCGAUACUAGAAGGAGUGGUCGCUGGUGUACCUAUGGUUACCUGGCCUCACCAUGCUGAGCAAUUUUAUAAUGAGAAAUUAGUCACGAAUGUUUUAAAGAUUGGUAUUCAGGUGGGCGCAACAAAAUGGGUUCCGAGGGUGGGAGAGCACGAUAUCCUCAUUAGUAACAAGCAGAUCUUGAAUGCAAUGUCAAGAUUAUUGAUUGGAGAAGAAGCUCAAGAUAUGAGAAGGAGAGCUAGGGAAUUCAAAAAAAUGGCAAUGAAGGCUAUUUCUCAAGGAGGGUCAUCUUGGUCUCAUCUAAAUGCUUUAGUUAAAGAAUUGAAAGCGCACAAGAGGUAGAUCUUUAUGUUUGAAUGAUUGCACAUAGUUGUUUCUUUUUUUUUUAAAACAAUAAAUAUGUUUGAAUUAGACGUAUGUACUAAACUUGUGUUCAUUAGUUUUUUUUUUUUAAAGGAAAAUUAAUUCAUUAAUAAAGAGUCA